AUGUCAGCAGACGAGGCCGGGUCUUCGCGAAAGCGACCUCUGCCCGAGCCUCAAAGUGGCCGCCCCUGGUAUCCUCGGAAGCGCGCAGUCCAAGCAUGCAGGACCUGUCGGAAACGACGUGUAAAGUGCGACAAUGAACGGCCAUCCUGCGCCGUGUGUAUCAAACUAGGGGUCCAAUGCAUCUACCAGGAGGGAGACAAAUCAAGCUUCGAUGCUGCUAGUCUUGCCAUCCUGGAACGUCUGGAAAAUCUGGAAAGUCUUUUCCGGGCGGCCCAUCCCGACGUGUCAGGCCAAGGCGAAGCUGCACCUCAGCUAUCCCUAAGCAUAACACCUCGGAGCUUUGAUCAUGCAAACCUCGACGAGCCUGGCUCCUCUGAGGUCUACCAUGUCAAUGCCGAGGCCGUCUUGGAAUGGCCAGUUCUACGAUCUUUUACCCAGGGCCAACCGCUCAAGCUGGCCAGUAUCCUCAAGGCACACCGAUCAAGCCAACAUGCUGACGCCCCUCGCUUAUUGGUGAUAUCAGACCUUGACCCGGGGUCAGCUGGGCCGCUUCUACAACGGUUUGUGGACAACUUCCACAUCUACAAUCCUGUCUUCGAGAUCACACAGGUCCAGGAGUAUAUCAAGACUACUCUUUAUAACGGUCUCGGGUGGGAUGUCAAGUCUUGUAUCUCGCUGUUGGUAUUCGCCCUCGGAACCAUUGUAAGCCAAGACGACCAGGCAUUGACAACGUCUAUGACCUUCCGUGAAUCGAGACAGUUCCAGGACGCUGAAUCGUUCUUCCUCGCCGCCCAGAGACGGAUGGGACAAUUGCUAUGCAACAGUGACCUGGCCGGGGCCCAGGUCUUCUUCCUUGCUGGGGUAUACCUCAUGUCCACAAUGAGACCAUUUGAGGCAUGGAGGAUGUUCGUCCAGGCCUUGGCAUGUUGCCAAAUUCUCGACUCGCCGUCAUUGGACGAUCCUGACGAUAAAGAGUCGCAGCUACACCAGAGCAUCUAUUGGACCUCGUUCAAGUCGGAAUUAGAGUUGCGCUUGGAGCUGAGCAUCACCGAGAGCAGCGCAUGGAACCUACGCUAUCCGCAAUUCUUUCCAGCACCUCCCAAGGGUCUCCAAUCUGAGGGAGAGGCGGGUUGGUAUUUCUACCUAGCAGAGAUUGCUUUACGACGACUCGGUAAUCGCAUUUUGACGUGCACGUCCUACUUUAGAUCGGCGUCAACGACGGUUGCCGACAAGGUUUCUAGAGUCUUGGAGUUCGAGCAGCAGGCUCACAGCUGGGUCGAGUCGCUUCCACAGAACCUGAGGCUCGACCAGCCGCGUGAAGUUGAACUAGACGAUCAAAGCGCCCAUUUGCGUUUCAUUCUGAAUGGCCAUCUUCUCGACUGUUAUGAAAUGAUGUACUGGUCAUUCAUGGUCGAUGCAGUCCAUAGAACGUCGUUGGAAGACGCCGACGCUAUGGUCUUUGCACGCAAGGGUUUCCAAACCAGUGUGCAGCGCAUUGAUGAUAACGAGUCAGGAUUCCGCGGUCGUCAUCAUGGGACCUGGUUAAUGCUGCGUACUUGUACACGUAGUGCGUUGGUACUGAUUGCUGCUGAGCGGGCCGGCCUGGGAAACAUGCUACCCGCCCAAUGGAGAGCAUCCGUUACCAAGGUUCAGGGGCUGCUGCAUUACUGGCAAGAUGAAGCUGUAGAUGCAAAGUUUUAUUCACGGCUGCUGGCAGAUCUUAUGCACGACGACUUUGAUAGUGAUAAAUAA